CUCUGAUCCUUUCACUACUUUUUAUUUAUUUUAUUUUCUUUUCUUUUUUGUUCGUCGUGUUCGAAUCAUCCGGUCACUGCCUCCAAAAUCCAAUUUCCAAUCUUAUCCUUGGUGUAUAGAAUCGCUAUAGACAAGGUCAGGUUUCUGAUUAUACAUAUCAGAUCUGGGACGGAAGCAGCAAGAAAGAUCAGCAAAAAGAUAAUACAAUCGGAGCACUGUAUAACAGAAAAUUGAACAAGAAAAAAGAAUGCAGUUCUUUGGAGGUUCAGAGAUCAGUCCAUCACCGUCGGUGCCAACGACGACGGGGAACAACGCCCACAUGAUAUACGUCUUCAAUCGAAACGGAGUGUGCUUGCUUUACAGGGAGUGGAAUCGGCCUCUCCACACUCUCAACCCUCAACAAGAUCAUAAGCUCAUGUUCGGUCUUCUUUUCUCCCUCAAAUCCCUUACUGCCAAAAUGGAUCCCACCAGCGCUGAGAAGGGAAAUUUAGGGGUCCCUCAGUUGCCAGGUCAAGGUUGUUCCUUCCAUAGCUUCCGUACUAAUACCUACAAACUUAGUUUCAUGGAAACACCCUCUGGGAUUAAGUUUAUAUUGGUCACUAAUCCUAGGAGUGGUGAUCUUCGUGAAACACUAAUGUAUAUUUAUAACUUGUAUGUUGAGUAUGUUGCCAAGAACCCACUCUAUACCCCUGGAACACCAAUCAGGUGCGAGUUAUUUAAUACAGCCCUUGAUCAAUAUGUGAGGAGCAUUCCGUAGUAUCUUAGAGCGUCCCACCAAUUCCAUCCUCAGAUAUGACAACGCCAUUACCCUUAAUGCAACAAGUUGUAUGAAAUCUUCUUAGAUGUCUGCACCUGCUUGCUCGAGUUUGCUUUGAUUAUAGUGAAGACUUUGAAUCCAUCGAGCCAUUGAUCAUCAGAACGAUUGGUGAUGGACUCAUGCCUUCCCACACCUCCCAUUUGUUGUGCCGGACCUUUCAUUGCUAACGGGGGAGCUGCUGAUGGUGAUGGUGUUCCUCAGGGCUUAAAGUGGCUAGAUUUGCAACCUAGUAAAAGUGUAGUAUUUCUGUGUUUUGGCAGCUUGGAAUGGUUUUCAAUGCAACAAAUGAGGGAAAUAGCUGUUGGAUUGGAGAGAAGUGAGCAAAGGUUCUUGUGGGUGGUGAGGAACCCACCUCCAGAAAAACCAAAGGCUGGCCACUAACGAAAAAACUGACCAGAUAUGAAUUGGUUGCUUCCUCAAGGAUUCUUGGCGAAGACCAAAGAGAGAGGACACGUAGUUAAAUCAUGGGCGACGCAGGUAGCUGUGUUAAAUCAUGACUCCGUUGGUGGGGUCGUAACUCACUGCAGCCGGAACUCAGUACUGGAAUCUGUGAUUGCAGGCGUUCCAAUGGUGGCAUGGCCACUUUAGCAAGGGCAGAAUAUUCUUAUAGAUUAUAUAAUUUGAAAUGGGAAUUAGGAAAUGAAGUCUGAGAUCCUAAUGGUUAAAUACCUUAGAAAACAGCAAUUUGGAAUAUUUGUGAGAUGAUUGGUAUUGAAUCAGGAGUCUAGAAAUCUAUUCUUCAAAAAAACAAAAAGAAGUCUAGAAAUUUAGAUAUACUUAAUUGAACCAUCAAUGUGUGAUUAAACUCAAUGCACGUAAGCAGAUACGUUCCUCUAACAAAUUUGACGAAAAUGCAUACUUCCAAUCUAUGCCUCUCUCGUUUCUUUUAUUGUUGACUUGGGCAGUGGGGUCUGGCUUACACAAGGGUAAAUAAAACAAACAAGA